UAGUUUUUCAAUGCUACAACAAUUACUCAUUUAUUGACGAUUACAUGUGUCCUGUAGUAUUCAAGUUAUAUGUGGUGAAUUAUAUGCAUCUCAAUAAACGUUUACAAUAUGGAUUACAGUUAUGUAUAUUUGUCAUGCUUUGUUUUAACAUCACAUUUAACUUGAUUCGCAGGUAACCGUGAACGAAAACUGAAGAAAUAUAUGGUUGCUCAAGGGCGUGAAACGAUUUACAAAUUUAUAUUUUAUGCAAAAUUUGGAAUUAACUGUGUAACCUAAUAUUUUGCCAAUAUGCCUAUUUACACCACUCCCACAAGAAAUCACACUGCUGUUUUUGGGCGCCUCCAACCUAAAAACAGUGAAUUGAGUGACUUUUCUAAAAGCAAUAACAAGCCUAAAGCACAUGAGCAGUGGGAGAACAGCAAGAGUAUUGGGUUGUCCCUGGACAAAAGCAAAGAAAUUAAUAAGACAUAUGUAGUAUCUGCUGGUAAAAGGUUUGGCGGGACACCUGGUACACCCAGAUCUGAAGGUAGGCUGACCCUUCAGAGGAGAAAACCAGACUGUAAAGGUGAGCAGAAUGACAAAGAGCCUGAUGAGAAUGAUGAAAAUAAAGUUGAGGUUCCAGAAAAAAGGCUUACAUUGCAGCGUCGGACAAGAACAGGUUCUGUAGAUAAAAGCAGCCCAGAAAAAGACAAGAUAAUAACUGAGAAACAAGGUGAAAUUACCAGCUUAGGCUCACAACGGCACGUAAAUAAUGACGUAUUGUUUGUACCAGAUGCUGGUAGCAAAACACUUCAAGUUACAUCAGUUCAACGGUCAGGGAGUUUCACACCAAGAACUAAACCGGCCCCAUCGACACCUGGACAAUCGGCUGGAAAAGUUGGUGAAAAACCUAUAAAGUCUUUCCAGAAAGUAAGUGCUGAACUUGCUUUGAACCCAAGUGUUGUACCCAAAGCAGAAGGUUUAAACAAAUUAACUUCAACACCUACCAAAAGAACACCAGUUGCAAAAGUGAAUUCAAAAGAUAUUGCGAGAGAAUCUAUAAAACCGGCAAACACAAAGUAUGGUAGUUUGGAAAGGCAAAGAACGCCUCUACAGGCUAAUGGGGAAAGUGUCAAACCCACAGCAAAAUGCUCCACUCUUCCGGAUCGCACAAAAUUCCUCCUUGGAACUCCGGGAAGAAGCUUGUUAUCCAACCUGCAGGUGACAAAGCCAAGAAAGACGGUCAGUUCUGCUAAUUCAGCACCUAUCGGUGCAAAAUCAGGGUAUGGAACACCUGGUAAAGGAAUUUCAUCAAAGGAGGAGAUGACCAUACAGAGCACAGUGCUGGGCCAGGAUGCUUUAAAGAUGGAAAACAGUGCAGUGACAGUGGCAGUAAGGGUGAGACCAUUCAAUAACCGGGAGAAGACAGAAAAGGCCCAUCAAGUAGUCUUCAUGGAAAGGCAGGAAACAAUAGUCCAACAUCCGGAGUCCAAACAGUCCCAUUCCUUUGUAUAUGACUUUUCCUUUUGGUCUUUUGAUAAAACGCAUCCAAGUUUUGCUAGUCAAAAGACAGUUUAUGAAAAGCUGGCAUUACCUCUGCUGGAAAGAGCAUUUGAGGGGUACAACACCUGUCUCUUUGCGUAUGGUCAGACUGGAUCUGGGAAGUCAUACACAAUGAUGGGUUUCAGUGAGGACACAGGGGUUAUACCGAGAUUCUGCGAAGAUCUAUUCUCCAGAGUGAAAAAGUCAGAAAACCAAGAGGUUUCAUAUCGUCUUGAAAUGAGCUAUUUUGAAGUUUACAAUGAGAAAAUUCAUGACUUAUUGGUAGUGAAGGAUGAAAAUGGUCAAAAUAAGCAACCACUUAGAGUAAGAGAACACCCAGUCUUUGGACCCUAUGUAGCAGACCUGUCAAUGAAUGUAGUUGGCUCAUUUGCUGAUAUUCAGAGCUGGCUUGAGCUGGGUAAUAAACAGCGAGCCACUGCUGCCACAGGAAUGAAUGAUAAGAGCUCGAGGUCUCACUCUGUCUUCACUCUAGUCAUGACUCAAACCAAGACUGAGUUUGUAGACGAGGAGGAGCAUGAUCACACGAUCACCAGCAGGAUAAACCUAGUGGACCUGGCAGGGAGCGAGCGCUGCUCCACAGCACAGACCAGCGGAGACCGGCUCAAGGAAGGUGUAAGCAUCAACAAGUCCUUGUUAACCUUGGGAAAGGUUAUUUCUGCACUUUCUGAACACACCUCGCAGAACAAGAAGAAGAUCUUCAUUCCUUACAGAGAAUCUGUGUUAACAUGGUUGUUGAAAGAGAGCCUUGGUGGGAACUCAAAAACUGCCAUGAUCGCCACUAUUAGUCCUGCAGCCAGUUAUGUGGAGGAGUCCCUCAGCACACUUCGAUAUGCCAAACAAGCCCGCAUGAUAAUCAAUAUCGCCAAGGUUAACGAGGAUACCAACGCUAAAUUAAUCAGAGAGCUGAAAGCUGAAGUUGAAAAGUUGAAAUCGGCGCAGAUGAGCAUCCAGGGCAUUGAACCAGAGAAAUAUAAACUGUUCAGACAAGAAAUAGUGAGUCUUAAAAUGCAGUUAACUCAGCAGGAGAGGGAAAUGGCUGAGGCUCACAGAACUUGGAAAGAGAAGCUUGAGCAAGCUGAAAAACGAAAGCAAGAAGAGACCAAAGAGUUACAGAAAGCUGGCAUUACAUUUAAAGUGGAUAACCGUUUGCCAAACCUUGUCAAUCUCAAUGAGGAUCCACAGCUUUCAGAAAUGCUGUUGUAUAUGAUCAAAGAAGGGCAGACCAAAGUCGGAAGAUAUAAGUCAAAUUCAGCUCAUGAUAUAAAUCUUUCUGGAGCCCUUAUUGCUGACGAUCACUGUGUCAUUUCAAACAUAGCUGGUACAGUAAGCAUCACUCCAGUUAAAGAUGCAAAGACAUAUGUAAACGGAAUCCUUGUCUCUGAUUCAACAGUCCUACACCAUGGGGACAGAAUUAUUCUUGGAGGGGACCAUUAUUUUCGAUUCAACCACCCAGUUGAAGUGCAGAGUGGAAAAAGAGUUUCCUGUUGGACUGGCCCAGGGGAUGUACCCAAGGACUUUGAGUUUGCAAAAAAUGAAUUAUUAGCAGCUCAAAGAGCACAGCUCGAAGAAGAGAUUGAGGAAGCUCGUAUGAAAGCCAAAGAAGAAAUGAUUCAGGGAAUACAAGUUGCCAAGGAGAUGGCGCAGAAGGAGCUUUCUGACCAGAAAACAUUAUACGAAAAUAAAAUUAAAGCUUUAGAAAAGGAAUUGGGGGAAGAAGCCCAGAAGAAGAAACUCGAGGAACUUAAUAACAAGAAAGCUGUCAGCAAAAUCGAGGAGCUUCAGAGUGUGAAAACACAACUUGAAUUGAAGGUGCAGGUGAAUAAAAAACGACUGGAAAUGGAAGCUCUAGCUACCCGACAGGCACUCUCAGAUCAUGACACCCGUCAUGCAAAAAUUAUUGAAGCUUUAGAAGCAGAAAAAAAGAAAAUAACUGAAGAUUUAGAAAGGAUACAGCAAAAACGUUUACAAAAGGAAAAAGGAAGUGUUCCACAAAACACUCAACCACAGUGGGACUCCAUGAAGCUGUCUGUGAUGAUCCAGGAAGCAAAUGCUAUUGGCAGCAAACUGAGAAAACAAACAGUUUUCAGCAGACAUGAACCAUCUGAUAAAGAAAGCGCAGAUGAUAAAGAACUGCUCCAAGUGCAAGUUCAGAACACCAAACUGGGAAUCACAACAGUUUGGAGCCUAGAGAAAUUUGAGAACAACCUAGCAGCAAUGAGGGAACUUGAUCAGGGAAAUGCUGGUUCAAGAGAUGAUGAUGUGUUUUAUGAUCCCAAUGACGAGUGGGAACCAGACAUAUCGGCUUCGUCCACAUCAUCCUCUUUUUCAAGAAGAAGAAGCAGGAGUCUUUUAAAAGGCAGGAGAAUCUCAGGACGACUCUAUGAAAUAAGAGUUCAUCCAAUUCAGAGUCUUCUCAACUCCCAAAAUUCAGGUUUAAUUAAUCACACCCACAGUGCACAUUCCAGCAUCUCUGAAUCAACAUUACCUCGCAUAUGCAAAGAACUGAUUGGCUCUGCAGUGGAAAAACUCCGAAAAUGUGGUGGGAAUGAGGAGACCCUGCCAGACAGAUUAAUAUCUGAUAUACUUACCAUUCACACAGGAGUUACUGCCAUCUCUGACCUUUAUGAACAUCUAGAUGAUGAAAGCCAAGAAAAUUUGUUUGCUUGUAAUCGUGAAACUCAAUCCCAGCUGAUAAGGGUGACAUCGGCCUUUGAAAGAGUGACCUUUUUUACAAUGCAGUGGAAUUCUGAUGUCAAACCAUGUUCAGAUUCUACAUUGACUGUUGCUGAAGGUCUACAACGGGAAAUAAAGAAAGUGGGUGGAUAUUUGCAGUUACUCAUUCAGGGAUGCGAUUCAGAUAUUUCUUCAAUGGUAACAGAAGCUCUAAACAACAGCAGCCAGUCUAUAAAAAGAACAGUUCAAUUAAUUGGUCAACUUGCACUUGUAACUGGAACAGAACUCCACAGUGCAGAACGCAGAAGCGAAGGUGCAAGAACUUACAAGAACUGCUUUGCUGUUCCACUUUAUGAAGGAACAUGCAAAGGACUGACUAGUCUUCUAGAUGAUGGGCUGCACCAGGUAAAGGAGCUGCAAAGAGACGUUCAAGCCAUAUUCCCUCAAUCUGAGCUUUUGCAGGAGUUGAAGAAGAACAUUUCAGUUUUAGCAACAUCCAUCCAGAGCUAUAUCAUGCACUGUAAACAGGAAAGCAUUGGAUCUUUAGAGGGGCAAGAGGGUGGUCAUUCUGAGCAUCUGAAGGCAGUGAAAACUAUUGCUGUUGAAUUUAUCAAAUUUAUUGAGAGCAUCAGGCAGAUCCAGCUUAUUGUCAUCCGUGCUUUAAGAGGUCAAGGAAACAGUUUCAGUCUCAGGACAUGCACAGACAAAAUCUGUUCAUCAGCAAAGAACAUUGAGGAAUGCAUCUGCUCAAUCAGUUCCUUCCCAAGCACUGCAGUGCACAACUCCACUACAAGACUUCAGAUACCGUGCAUGAAAAGUAGCUCUGCAAGAAAUGAUUUGGAGUCAGCAGUAAACUCAUUAACAGCAGCUUAUGAUCAAAUGCAAAGAGAAAAGAAAGAUCUCUCCAACACACAAGAAGGGAGUUUCAGGGAAAAUAGUCAUUCACUUUCAUCAAACACUUGGCAAAAAGAAGGAAUUCACAGGACUGAAUAUACCUACACACCUCACACAAACUUAGCAAGUUUUUCACCCAGUGGGAUUCAGUGGGUUUAAAUACCAAGGCUGUAAAUCUACAUUUAAUACACUUAAUACUUUUGUAUAAAAUGUUAUUUACUGUUUAAACCGUUUUGUCUACAAGGCAGAUCUGCCUCAAGGUACCGCUGACAAGCCUGCUGUCUUUUCAUAAUAUGCUACCCAUUGUAACAGGUGUUGCCCCUUGUAAUGUCACUUUUAUGACAUCCGCUUUUAAAAUAUUUAUAUUUUACUUUUGUUUUACAUCAAAUUUGUUUUCACACACAAUAUGCAUGAUAACACCUAUUGCAAAAAUCUGAAGUAUAGUCACAGGUAAAAGUAUGAGGUACUUUUUCAGUUGGGCAGAAAGUCUAACCACAUCAUAUUGUAAAGCAUCUGAUGAAUAGUAUUGUGUCUUAAAGUCAUACUACAUGUUGGUAAACUUUUUUUUUUUUAAUGAGUAAUGUUGAAUUUACAGUGGGCUAAAAUUUAUGAAUGCUUUUUUUGUUAUGUGAAAAAAAAAAGAAUUGUUUGAUAACUAAAUGUCUAGUCUUGUACAAAGCCCCAGCUAAGUUAUGUAACUUUUUCAAAUUUUAAAAAAGGUUGUAUCUAAACACUUCACAGUGUAUGCAACGUUUUUGGUGUGUGUUAGUUUUCAUGAAUCUGGCGAUACAUACGCAUUAUUGCAAAAUGUUAUUAAAUAUAGUAGAAAUGUGCUUUUUCAAGGUGUGGUUUGUGUGGGAUUCAAAAAAGGAGUAUAUUUGGAGAAAAAUAUUUUAAAUUAAAUUUACUAUACAAACUAUUUGUGGAAAAGUUUUGUUUGAUGUAUGGAAUAUUACAACAAAUGUAUACUGUACUUUUUCAUUACUAUGCAAAACACACAGGACACUACAUAAUGCUGUAUUAAUUUAAUGUGUGACAGAACAAUGUUGUGUGUUCCUUUUUUAUGUAUCUUAUAUAAUCAUGCAUGGUUUGAAAUAUCCUGCCUGA